GCAACACGAAAUGAUGUUGAUGCUCCGCCUGCCACUCCGCUUGACGCGGCAAUGCGUCCGCUACAAGAAGACCAAGUCCGCACGGGCAGAGGUUCCAGGAAACAAAGGCCAGGCGUUGCAAAUGGCCAUUCGGCAGAUCGAAAGCAACUUUGGCAAAGGCGCGCUCAUGCAAUUGGGAGCGUCUGGCGUGGCCCAGGACAUUGAAGUCAUUUCGACAGGAUCGCUGUCUCUCGACAUUGCACUUGGCAUUGGGGGACUUCCAAAGGGGCGGGUCGUGGAAAUCUACGGCCCCGAGAGCUCUGGCAAGACUACCCUCGCCUUGCAUUGCAUUGCCGAAGCCCAGAAAAAAGGAGGCACGUGCGCAUUCGUCGACGCCGAGCAUGCCAUCGAUGGUCACUACGCCAAGGCGUUGGGAGUGAACAUUGACGAACUGUACGUGUCGCAGCCAGAUUCGGGCGAGCAGGCGCUCGAGAUUGCCGACACGCUGAUCCGAUCGGGGGCGGUGGAUGUGGUCGUUGUGGACUCUGUGGCGGCGCUCGUACCCCGCGCAGAACUGGAGGGCGAGAUGGGCGACCAGCAGAUCGCCCUGCAGGCUCGCCUCAUGAGCCAGGCCUUGCGCAAGUUGACGGGGUCGCUCUCCAAGUCCAACUGCAUGCUCAUUUUCCUCAACCAAAUCCGGCAAAAGGUGGGGGUGUUGUUUGGGUCGCCAGAAGUCACGUCGGGCGGCACGGCGUUGCGGUAUUAUGCAUCGGUGCGACUGGACAUUCGCCGCAAAACGCAAAUCAAAGACGGAGACAACGUAAUCGGCAACGAGACGGUGGUCAAAGUCGCCAAGAACAAGCUCGCGCCUCCGUUCAAAGUCGCCACCUUUGACAUGCUGUACGGCAAAGGCGUCGACCGCGUGUCCGAAGUGUUGGACCUGGGUACUGACAUUGGAGCACUUAAACGAUCAGGAUCGUGGUAUGCGUACAAAGACGGUAGAUCAACCAUCUAUAUAUUCAACGGACUGAACCGCUGUUGCUUGACGUAGAACCCAUUGGCCAAGGCCGAGUCAAGGCCAAGCAGUUUUUGGUGGACCAUCCCGAGAUUGCAAGUGGCAUCGAAGCCGACAUUCGUCAAACCCUGCUCGCUCGAUCCCCCACGAACAUCGACGACGAAGUGCCGUCGGAAACCUCGGAAGAGGUAGACACUCCACCAGAUGCUGCUUCGUUGGUGGAAGGUCCGCCUUUGGUCGAAGACGCCGAGCCCCGUGUGGACGACGCCCCUGCGACAGUGUCACCACACUCGUAAUAACUAGCACUACAAACGAAGACAGUCUAUACUUUCACAG